AUGCCUUUGCGCAUCUCACUCCAGUCCUCUCUAAAGACAUUGACCGGUUCGGCUUCUGCUCCGCCCAAUGUAUUCCACACCUCGAUGAGAGCCGCCUCCAGCAAGGCUCAAGUUCGCAGAAAGCAUGAUCCUUUCAUGGCGGCCCAGGCCCGCCAGCGCAAGGCAGCCAAUGUGUCCCGGCAAAAAGAGCUCGCGGUGGAGCGCGAGUCCUCGCUCGGCGAUCCCGUGAAGAGCAGCCCGACACCCUUUAUCCUUGAAAUGACCGCGAUCCAGUCCGACCCGCAGGUCCCAUCUUCUCUCACCGACUUGAACUACUACCUGAAAGCGAACGAACUGGACGCUGCCCUGGGCUUCUCCAAGAAUUUGACCGAACCGCUCCCAAAUCCUGACCGCAACGUCGCCGACCCUCAAGCCGAGAAGGAGAUGCUGGAAAUGCAUGACCAAGAGCAUAAGAAUGCCCAGGAGGCGAUCAACAGAAUCGUCAACCUCAACAAUGGAAACACCAAGGACCGGGUGCGUCUCAACAUCAUGAAAUGCGUCGAGACCUUCGGGCGACACUACACAGACCUUAAUCUCCCCCCAAAGCCAUCGGCCGUGGUCCAUGGAUCUGCCCCGGUUCACCCAACUCGCGCACCGCGCGUCGGGCCCGAUACUGGCUCUGCAGAGGUUCAAGCUGCCAUCUUGACCGUGAAAAUCAUGAACCUCUCUCGCCAUCUGGAGUCCGCUACCAAGGACAAGCACAACCGACGCAACAUGCAACUCCUCGUCCACAAGCGCCAAAAGCUACUGCAAUAUGUACGCAGGAAGGAGCGUGGAGGUCCCCGGUGGCAGAACCUGAUGGGAACGCUGGGGCUGUCUGAUGCUGCAUGGAAGGGCGAGAUUGCCCUAUGA